GAUUACUGGAGGCAGGCUAAUGGCGAAUUCGGGUUGCCUCCGUUUUCUUCGCCUAAAAGCAAUAAAAAGCAGCCAAAACGCUGCGUGCGCCGGAAGAAGCGGCGCGCGGAAACCCGCCCCCGCGCCCCGCCGAAGCAAGCCCAGGCCCGCACCGAGAGUGCGCAGCGGCGCCCACCGUUUGCGACGGGCCGGAAAGCAGCGACCGCAGCCAGCGCCGGGCGGAGCCGGGCCGCUAUGGGGAAAAUCGCGCUGCAGCUCAAAGCCACGCUGGAGAACGUCACUAACCUCCGGCCUGUGGGGGAGGACUUCCGGUGGUACCUGAAGAUGAAAUGUGGCAACUGUGGUGAGAUUUCAGAGAAGUGGCAAUACAUUCGGCUGAUGGACAGUGUGGCACUGAAGGGAGGCCGUGGCAGCGCCUCCAUGGUCCAGAAGUGCAAGCUGUGCGCGAGGGAAAACUCCAUUGAGAUUUUGAGCAGCACCAUCAGAUCUUACAAUGUUGAAGACAAUGAGAAGUUCAAGACGAUAGUAGAGUUUGAGUGCCGGGGCCUUGAACCAGUUGAUUUCCAGCCCCAGGCUGGGUUUGCUGCUGAGGGUGUAGAAUCGAGGACAAUCUUCAGUGACAUUAAUCUGCAGGAGAAGGACUGGACUGACUAUGACGAAAAGGCUCAGGAGUCUGUGGGAAUUUACGAGGUCACCCACCAGUUUGUGAAGUGCUGAACCCUCUUCCUGCACUUGCCUCUAAGAACUGAGAAGGGACAGCCAAGCAGCAGAGCCCACUGAGGCUGGUCCCCUCAUCGCUUGUCUCCUGGCAGCUGUCAGUGUCCCAAGCCCCACCAAUAAAGGCCGUUUGUGCUGUACUCAGGCACUGAGGUAGAGUCAGGUAGCAGCCACUCCCUCCACAAAUAAGAAUUCAUAUUAGAGGUCUUUCACUGUUUCCUGACACCUUCCCACAAUAUAGCAUCUUACACCUGACUACUUUGCAAACUGUGCAGGAGCACACAGCUUCUGAGGGCUCUUUAGCUCAUGAGGAGUGGGCAGAUCAACCCAGAAAACCAAAAGUGUCAAGGCCAAUGGUAUGAAAUGCAGCUGAGCCUAUAGAAUGAUACCAUGAGCCAAAUAAUCCUGAGCCAAAACACUGCAUUGAUUAGCUUGGCUUUUAAGUAAAUGCAGGCAUCUCUGUCAGCUGGUGUCACUUCAUAUUCUAGGGAUAAAAGGGACUGUAGAGGUCAGCAAUCCAGUCCUGGCAAGAUUCUGCUCUCAAAUUCUGGCCAGGUGGUCAUUAGGUCUUGGCUCACCUGCUGUGAUGGGCUAUCUCCUCCCAUCACGGAAGUCAGUAUGAAAGUUCUUAUAUUAAGUCAGCAUCUAUGCCCCGGGUAGCUCCUGGUCCUGGUUUGUCCCUCUGUGGUCACACUUCUGUGUGCUGCGUCCUAGGCAGCCUGUGGCGGUACGAGAGCCCCUACCCAGUGGACAGAGCUGUUUAGUGCAGUUAGGUCCACGAGGCAUGCUCAUGCCUUCCCACCAGGGAGCCCAUUUGGAAAAUGUGUUACAAGAGACCUUAUUUAUCCAGUGUUCUACUGGAGCCAGGAAUUCUUUGGAAGUAAAAUUAAUAGCCUCAUUUUCUGCAUGGCCCACUGGGAAUGGGUCUGCCCCCUCCCAGGCUGGUUGUGGGGCAUCCUCCAAUUUAAGGUGGUCAUAUCCAAGAGGAGAAGAGGUGCCUACCUGGUCCCCUCUCCAGUCUGGCAGCUACUUCUUGUUUCCUCUAAGUCAAAUAUUCCUGGUUCCCUCUGGGCCUCUUUUUUGUACAUGACAACAGCAUUUCUUCAGCCCUCGCUCAGCCAGCAGGCCUUCCAGCCCCCUAUCCACUGGGUCCAGUCCACUGCCCAGCCUGAAAGCAAAUAAGUG